AUGCUCUAUACAAUGCACAAUCAAGAAGCGGCUCAAAGAAUGAACGGGCCAUUAGAUCAUCAUUUCACCAAGCACUCCAUAUCACAUCCGCCCCCGAAUGAUCUCCCUGCCCAAACACUCAGACGGGAACUUUCAUUGUUUGACCUGGCCAGGCACACUCCUGGUGAACUGGAGAUCCACCCAAUGACACUGGCAGAGCAACAGAGUCCUGCAUCAGACGCGAGUCGGUCAACUAUAAGCAUUCAUGGAGAUGGAGCGAAAGCAACCAACCGACGCAUCCAAAAUCGCGCCGCCCAGCGCCGCUUCCGCGAACGCCGCGUCGAACAAAACAAAGUCCUGCAGGCCCAGCUCUCCGACCUCAACGAAAAACACCAAUCACUCGCCGACGAGCUCAGCUCCAAGCUCGACCUCAUAACCCAGCUCCAAAAAGAUAAUGAGAAGCUACAGGCAGAGGCCCAGUCCCUUGGGCAAAGAUGGCAGUCCAUGAUAUUGCUUCUUCAGCGGCCGAAGAGCUUACAGCUUUUGUCGAUGUUGAUUGGGGAAGAGGGAUCAGGAUCAGGAUCAGAUGGAGUUGUGGGCUCUGGGGCAGGCGGAAAUGGGAAUGGGGGGAUUCGUGAUUUAGAUCGGUAUCUACCGUGUUUGGAUGCGUUGACGGCUUCUACUCGGUCUGGUGGGAAGGGAAACGAGCUGGACGGGGACGGAUGUUGA